AGUAAUGUUAACUAGUUGGUAAUGGUAACAUCAGAUGUGGUAAGGUAGAUUAGCGAGAAAUGGAGAAUUAAGGUAGGUUUGCCACGUACAAAUAAUACGGCAAUGUAUCAUAAAGCCAGAAAGUAAUAGGUCAUGGAGCUUAAAUUGUAGUUUCAUUAAUGUUAUUUUCUUUUAGACCGGACUUGUGGAUUCGGGAUAACGCUAGAGCUCUGGCUAGUUGCUUUAAGUUAACGUUAGCUCUCGGGAUAAAGCCAGAAAUAACUCGCGCAAGUCUCGUGCCAGAGAACCGAUAUAAAGCAUCGGGAGCUGUAAAAGGGUCCCCCGUGUAGAUUUUUGUUUAAAGUUGUUCGUUAGUUUUCUUAUUUUAAACUCCGAAUUUAUGAGUCAAGGAAGCCACUUAAAGUUGUUUUGAGGAGAUCGCAAACCUGUAACCCGCUCUGAUGCCAUCUCAAGGUGAGGUGGUUAAUGAAAAGCUGGUGCCACUAACCAGCUAACAUCGCUCCGAUAAACACCAAACUCCUGCGUGUUUCGUUGGACUGAAGACACCAACCGCACAUACAUGUUGAUAUACGUUUUUUCGUCGGACUGAAGCGAAUAAUUGUAGUUGCAGUGUUAAAAUGUGGCCCGUGUUUAAUUGACAAUCAUGGGAGGAUGCGUGGGGAGAGAACGAGCGGAGUCACGCGGACACGGCGCGAGGGGGCAGAGGAAACGUGGAGGUCGUAAUGAGCCCCUGAAGAAAGACAAGCCAAAGUGGAAGAGCGACUACCCCAUGACGGAGGGGCAGCUUCGCAGUAAGAGAGAUGAAUUUUGGGACACGGCUCCAGCGUUUGAGGGACGUAAGGAGAUCUGGGAUGCCCUGAAAGCCGCUGCUGUGGCUUUGGAGUGUAAUGAUCAAGAGCUCGCUCAGGCUAUAGUGGAUGGAGCCAACAUCACAUUACCACAUGGAUCCCUGACCGAGUGUUACGAUGAACUCGGCAACCGGUACCAGCUACCAGUAUACUGCCUGGCACCACCAGUCAAUCUGAUUUCAGAAAGAAGCGAGGAAGACCUGUCGGACAACCCUGAGCCCCAGACAACACAGAAGAAAGAGUUCCAGUUAAAGGUACGCCUCUCCACCGGCAAAGACCUCCGGUUGAAUGCCAGCAUGUCCGACACCAUCGGCCUUCUCAAAAAACAACUUCAUGCUCAGGAGGACAUUGAUGUGGCCCACCAACGCUGGUUUUUCUCUGGGAAGCUCCUCACAGACAAGACCCGCCUCCAAGACACCAAGAUCCUGAAGGACUUUGUAAUCCAGGUCAUUGUGAGCCAGCCGUCAACGGCAAACCACUGAGGUGUAGCUGAUGAAUUUACAAAGACAGGACCAAACCACAGCGGUUAUGGGAAAGAAUAUCAAACACAAAACGUUUUGCACAUAAAUGAAUAGAGACUUCAAGAAGAAAGGGAGAGACUCUGUUGUCUUUGUCUACCAUCAAAGAGUUCAAUUGAAUUAUUUGUUGAAUUGUUGCUCAACCCUGCUGUUUAAAAUGAGUUCCUGGUAGAGAAACUCCAUGAUUGACAGCUAGACGCUCAUCGAGUCCUCAAAUCGAGAUCUCUGGAAAAACAAAUAAACUGACCUCACGAGUUGCAUCUGUGCUAGCUUGAGCAGAAGUGCCAACUUGAAUAGCUGCAAUGUCAGCUUUACUAGAAAAGCACAGUGCUUUCAGUUCCUUGACUAUGUAUAUCCUGCAAGGUUUACUGUAUCUACACGGUCCUCUGAAAGUGAUCUCACGGUGUAAGAUCAUUUAAGUCGAGCUUCAUUUUGCACACUUUAAAAAGUAUCCUAGCAUAGUUGUGCCUUGAAAGAAGAGUAGAUGGUUCUUAAAUGCCGUUUUUAUUUUGCUAAUGGAGACAAUUUCAGCCUGGAGAUGGCAUUUAAAAGAAAGUGCGGCUAGACUUUGUAGUUGUAUCUGAUGGCUUUGAACACAAUCCAGUACUUGCUAUGCAAUCUCAAAACAGGGGAAAAGAUGCUGAUAUCGAUCAGCAGAUAUAUCUGAUGUAGCUAAUCGAAAACCUCAAACGGUUUUUCAAUGUAUGCUAUCGCAAGGCCCGUCACAGAAGGCACUGCUUAAACCGCUCGUUGUGUUGUGUUCAUUCAUUUCAAAGACACAUUAAACUAACAGGGAUGUUGUAUAUUUAGUAGGGAUGCACUGAUAGGAUUUUUUUGGCCGAUACCAAACAACUAUCUUCCGAUACCGAUAUUGGUCAAUUGCAUAGAACUUUACAAUACUUAAAUACAUUUUACUGAACAUGAAUUGAAUCCAUUUAACAUUUUAAGAGAGGCACAAGUUAAGAUAAAAAUACAAUAAGACAACAUGACAGCCUUCAAAGGUGAUUUUUGCUAUCCAAUAUUUCUUUUGUUAACUACAUAAACUCAUAUUCUGUGCUGUUGCCAUUUCAUUAUUUUGCUCAGAGAAAAACGUUGGAUUAUUCAGACAUGCAACUCAUUGCCUCCAUGCAGUUAGUUCAUAAACCAUCGGUAUCGGCCUUUUUCAUGCUAUUGCCGAUAUGCCGAUUGUGUUAAAUUAAUCCAAUAUCGGUGACCGAUACAUCGGUGCAUCCCUAAUAUAUAGGAAUUAAACAGCAUCUUUCUCUCCAGGUACUAUCAAACAUCAGUGCCCUAUUUUGAAGAGCAAUCUUGUUGUUUUCUGAUUAUCUUGGAUGAAACAUUGCAACAUCUUUAAGAAUGGACGUGUAAUCAAUUUGCCGGCUGUCUGACCUUGUGUUAUCAUCUGUUUCUCUUUUGGUCGAGUUCUCAGACUGCAAUCAAAUCAAUCCGCUUAUUAAGCUUGAUGUCACGCGUAUAUGGAAGGUCAUAUACCGUUUCCAGGUCCAAACGCUGCCAUAGGCAAACAACAGAAAAAUGAUUGGUUUGCUUUAAAACUGUCAAAAAACACGAUUCUAACCUUUAUCUCUAUACGAAAGCCCAGAUGUCCACACCGUAGUUCAUUUUUACAGUUUAUUCAAAUAUUGAUUUUGGAGAUUUUAUGAGAUUGUAUUGUACACGGUGAGUUAAUAAUUUUCGUGUAAAUAUGUGAUAUGAAUAAAAAGCUCAUAAACUGCUGUUUAAAUAGCAUCCUCACUUGAAAUGAGUGGUGGCUUGGACCCGGAAACAGUAUUUCUUAUGUCACGAUUCACUGAUACUGUUCUUCUCUUUGCUCUGUGUUCUGUGCUGUUCAAACUUAACUCUGCUCAUUUUUAAAUGACCUUAAGGAAACAUUUUUAUUCGUGGCAUAACAAGCUUCAGAAACUGUAAAUACAGCUAAAAACUGUUAAUACUAUGUUCGCAGCUAAACAUUACACAAUAGUGGCCAAAUGAGAUGUUUGCUAUUAAUGCUCUCUCAGGUUAGAUUGAGCCAUUAAAAUAUGAUGAGCAUUAUACAAAAUAGAUUAAAAAGUUGUAAGGUAUACAUAACAGGAAAUUUGGGUUUUAUUGUAAUAUUCACAAAAUGCUUAGAGAGAUGAAAAGUUCUCUUUGUCCAUGUGUUGUAAUUUUUGCCAAGCUUCCUUAAAGUCCCAGUGAAAUAAAAAAUAACAAUGCCUAUUUUUCAUGAAAUAUAGCAGCCUUCAUUGGAAAUAGUUUAUCAAUGUGGGUCAUUCUCUUUUUAAAACUCCUGUACCCUUAUAAUCUUCAGUUAAAAUCUGUAAAUGCACUUCCGCCCUAAAGUGACGAUCCAUCUUAAUGACAGAUGGCUUGGGCGGAGCAUCUGUUAACUCCUCCCCUUCAACUGUCAGUCUGCUGCCAGUUCCAUUUCUAAAGGAAACGCAACGGCUGUUUUUAUAUAAUCCAAUCGCAGCGAGAAACGCAAGCCACACCCACUAUUUUUCUCAUUCGAAACUCCAUUUCAUUCGGAAAUGCAUCAAAAUACGGGACAACCGCAACUUUAAAUUCUUUUCAAUGCUCACACCAAUUGAACAUGUAUACCAUUUUAAUGCUUUUAAAUGCAUUUCUAAAUGCAGUGUAAGGAUGUCAUGUGUAUGAACUUGAACACAACAUUUGGCCUUUAUUGCAUAUGUUUACCAUGGUUCUAAAAUGCACUUCAUAAGCUUGUUAUCUUGUUUAUGACUGACUCACCUUGGCGGUCUAUUGUAGGUCCAUAACAUUUUGUGCGUUUUUAAUCAAUUCCAAAUUAUUUUCUAUUUUAAUCAACAGAAGAUGUUUAUAUAGCACAACUUUUACUGAACUCCGAACAUCCCUUUAAGUCCCCUAAAGCACAAGUGAAAACAUUACAGCAUCGAGCACAAGAACCCCAAUCCUUUAUCAUGACGGAAUCGCACUAAACCUCACAGUUAUGUUUUAAUCUGUCAUGAUUUACAUGCUCUGUAAAUCAUGCUACAGUACCAUAUCGUGAAUUCCUUAAAAUAUAUAUGCUUUUUUUUCAGAUAGCUUACAGUGUAGGAUCUGUUUGACCUCUGGCUGUUUUAAUAAACACGUCAAGAGCAGACUGCAUUUCACUUACAGUAGUCAUCAGAAUCUGACACCUUUAUGCUGUGACGACGAGUCCAAAUAAAUAUACUAUAGUUGCCGUCUACAGCACUGUUAGAACCUAACUGCAAGACGCUACUGUGAAAAGACGCUACUUCAAUGGCAGUUUACAUUUAUUUAGUGUGUAAACUACCCCACAAUCAACAGUAAGAUUUAACAGUGUACUCCGUAGAGCUGUUAUAUCUCUAGCUGGUCUGUUUCUCAUUGUUUUCUCAUUAAAAUGUACUUUUUUUGUCAUUUUAUAGAAAUAGGAAAGGGGGUGGCUACAUUUGUGUGUCCUUCAUGUUUCUAAUUAUGAAUGACACUAUGUCAAUAGACUUCAAAAUAAGAAUGUUAAAAAAGGUAACCGUGAUCCAUUCAAUAGAGGGACAUUUUUUAUUUUAGAGAAUAACACAAUAACUUACCCUUCUCUAAGCCACACGUGUUCAUGACAGUGAAGAGGGAUAUCAAAUGCUGUUCUUUUUGCUUUUCACUGUGUUUUUAUGGAAAAGAAUUCAAGUCGUUUUUGUGAUUGUUUAAAUGGGGUUUUCUGGUUUGUAUGUUGGUUUGUGUAAGUGUAUGUCAUGUAUUACUGAUACAGUUUAGGGUCUUGCUUUUCAAUCUGAAUCAUGGUGUGUCUCGUGACGUUUACAUGAAGGAUGUGUAAACUGAAAGACUGUGGGAGCUGCUAGCAAGCCAUAGCUGUCAACCCACAACGGUGGGACAAUUUCAGGAGACUCUGCUUUGGACAUUUGUCUUUCAAAUCCCAGAUUGUAAGAAACCAUGACACUUAACACAGUAUGUAUCCCACCCAAUGGCUUCGGGCAAAAUACACAAACUUUAUUCCUUGUAACGGAAUUCACGUGAAUUUCUUUAUGGAUAAAUAUCUGUAUAUUAAGAGAUUUUGAAAAAGUUCUUACAUGUACUUAAAACCUAUUUUCCAAAAGAAUGUUUUAAUUGUCAAAUAAAAUGAACAGCUGAGAAAGCAAACAUAUGUUUGUCAGUAAACUGCUAAUCAUUUCAAUGUGCUCUGUUUUGUACAACAAUGCAAGUUUGAGAGCCAGGGGAGUUUUGUAGGUCUUGGAACUGUAAUUUGUAGUUGUUAGUUUGACCUAAGCCAUUGCCAAGUAAGCGUUGCUAUAAUCUUCAAGUCUGUAAAGGUUUUUAUGCUGUCUGUGAGGGUUUUAUUCUGACAUGUGUCUGGACAUGUGUUGACCACAGUCAGCACUGCCACCAAUCGGUGGGAAUUUGUUCACCUUAGUGUAAAAACGUUGUCGUAGAUAAACAUUUUGUAAUCACGCCGUGAUAUAAUCAUUAACGAAGGAAGUUUUAUGUGACUGUUGUUCAAAUGCAGACGCGUGACGUGCACACUCUUGAACACGCACCACCAGUUUAAAAAUUGGAUUAUGAUGACUUCGUAUAAAUGUUGAUAAUCUAAUUUGUUUUUCCAUGUUGAUCAUCUGUAUUUUUGAUGAAAUAGGGAAAUUCCUAUACAGCCCUGGCGUCAGCCGCAAAGAUGAUGCUGGAGAUAAAUGCCAAAAAUAGAAAAUAACUGAAGACGGGCAUAAUGCUUUAACAUGUUAGUUUAUAGCAAGCAGUAAUUAUUUUCUUGCCAAAUUAGUUCUUUUUGGCAUCCUAUUGUAAAUAAAUGAGCGUGUAUUAAAUGAGCAUUAAUUGUAAUGA